AUCAAAGGACGCGAGGAUGCAUGUUGGAUUAGUGCUGAUCCUCUUAACAGGAAUCUUUGUCAAAGCGAGAGCGUUCAAAAACGAUAAAUGCGGGGACAAUAUCCGGAUCACCAAUGCCAACUACCUGACCUCUCCGGGCUACCCGGCCUCAUAUCUGCCAUCUCAGAGGUGUGUGUGGGUGAUCACAGCUCCCGCUCCCCAUCAGCGAAUCCUCAUCAACUUCAACCCGCAUUUUGACCUGGAAGAUCGCGAGUGCAAAUACGACUAUGUAGAAGUCAGGGACGGUGUUGAUGAGAAUGGGCAGCUUGUGGGCAAGUACUGUGGAAAGAUUGCUCCCUCUCCAGUAGUAUCCUCCGGUAACCAGCUGUACAUCAAGUUUGUAUCGGACUACGAGACGCAUGGGGCCGGCUUCUCCAUCCGCUACGAGAUUUUGAAAUCGGGUCCAGAAUGCUCAAGAAAUUUCACCUCCAAGAGCGGGGUCAUAAAGUCACCCGGUUUCCCCGAGAAGUACCCCAAUAACCUGGACUGCACAUUCAUGAUCUUUGCCCCCAAAAUGUCUGAAAUUGUGCUGGAGUUUGAGAGCUUUGAGCUUGAACCUGACUCACAGUCUCCUGCUGGUGUCUUUUGCCGCUUUGACCGCCUGGAGAUCUGGGAUGGCUUCCCUGGAGUUGGUCCACACAUUGGCCGGUUCUGUGGGCAGAACACUCCAGGCAGAGUAAUUUCCUACACUGGCAUCUUGGCUAUGACAAUCAACACGGACAGCGCUAUUGCUAAAGAGGGCUUUUCUGCUAACUUCACUGUAUUGGAGAGGACUGUACCAGAGGAUUUUGACUGCAUGGAACCAUUGGGAAUUGAGUCUGGUGAGAUUCCCUCUGACCAGAUUGAGGCCUCAUCUCAGUAUAAUCCCAGCUGGUCUCCUGAACGUUCUAGACUCAAUAAUUUUGAAAAUGGCUGGACCCCGGUUGAGGACUCCAACAAAGAGUGGAUUCAGGUUGAUCUGGGAUUCCUGCGCUUCAUUUCUGCUAUAGGAACCCAGGGUGCAAUUUCUCGAGAGACCAAGAAGAAGUACUUUGUAAAAUCUUACAAGGUGGAUGUGAGCUCCAAUGGUGAAGACUGGAUCACACUAAAGGAGGGCCCCAAACAAAAGGUUUUCCAGGGCAACACCAACCCUACAGACGUAGUGAAAACCCCACUGCCCAAGCCCACUUUGACCCGCUUCGUCAGGAUCCGGCCUUACACCUGGGAGACUGGCAUUGCUCUGCGCUUUGAAGUAUAUGGCUGUAAGAUUUCAGAGUACCCAUGUUCAGGUAUGCUGGGAAUGGUCUCAGGUCUCAUCACCGAUGAUCAGAUCACUGCCUCUUCUCACACGGAUCGCAGCUGGGUCCCGGAGAAUGCUCGUCUCCUGACAAGCCGAUCAGGAUGGAUUCUGCUACCCCAGCCACAGCUGUAUGUGGACGAGUGGCUCCAGGUGGACCUGGGUCAGGACAAACUUGUGCGCGGUCUGAUCAUACAAGGCGGCAAGCAUCGCGAGAACAAGGUUUUUAUGAAGAAGUUCCGCCUGGGCUACAGCAGCAAUGGAUCUGACUGGAAUAUGGUUAUGGAGGGGAACACCAACAAGCCAAAGCUUUUCGAUGGGAAUAUGAACUAUGACACACCAGUACUGAGGACAGUGGAGCCUAUCUUGACUCGUUUUAUUCGAGUUUACCCAGACCGAGCUACACCACUAGGCAUGGGCCUGAGACUGGAGCUUUUGGGCUGUGAGCUUAAAGCACCCACUGUGUCACCGACCCUGCCCGCUCCUCCCACUACGCCAUCUGACGAGUGUGAUGACGAGCAGGCUAACUGUCACAGUGGAACAGGUGAUGACUACGAACAGCCAGGAGGAACAACCAUUCCUGAGACCACUACACAAAUGGGCACAGUACCAGCGUUUCUUUGGUUUGCGUGUGACUUUGGCUGGGCAAAUGACCCCUCGUUUUGUGGCUGGAUGUCUGAGGAGACUGGUUACAGGUGGCAGAUUCAGUCUAGUGGCACUCCCACACUUAACACCGGUCCCAACAUGGACCAUACAGGUGGUUCUGGGAACUUCAUCUACACUCUGGCGACUGGAGCUCAGGAGACAGAAGUAGCACGGCUUGUGAGUCCGGCAGUUACGAGUCAGAACUCAGAUCUGUGUCUCUCCUUCUGGUACCACAUGUUCGGCUCGCACAUCGGCACAUUGCACAUCAAGCAGAGACAUGAGAGCGGCCGGGAAACAGCCGAUGUGCUGCUCUGGACCGUCAGUGGUCAUCAGGGUAACCGCUGGAGGGAGGCCCGAGUGUUCCUCCCACAUUCAAGCAAACCUUACGAGGUGGUAAUUGAGGGUGUGGUGGAGAGGAAAAGCUGGGGAGACAUUGCAGUGGAUGACGUUAAAAUCCUCGAAAAUCUUAACAUGGUCGACUGCAAAGACCCAGAUGUUCCUACAGAACCCAUGCUCCCUGAAGAUAACAUAAAUGAACUCAUUGUAGACAUCACUAACUACCCAGAUAUUGUUGAGAACAAUGAGAUCACAGGAACAGGGAACAUGCUGAAGACUCUGGAUCCCAUCCUGAUCACCAUCAUCGCCAUGAGCGCCCUGGGCGUCUUCCUUGGGGCCAUCUGCGGCGUGGUGCUCUACUGUGCCUGUUCGCAUGGCUCUAUGGCAGAAAGGAACUUAUCUGCCCUGGAGAACUAUAACUUUGAGCUGGUGGAUGGCGUCAAAUUAAAGAAAGACAAGCUCAACUCACAGAACUCUUACUCAGAGGCGUGAGGUGCCAACCAAUGACAGGACACCUCUUUCUCAGGGAGGCGGGCUAAAAGGGACUGCCAGCGCACUCCCACUGGAGGAGGACAAGGCUCUAAGGUUCUGUGAACCAGCGGGAGAAGACUUGGGACUGAACCAUGCUUUUCUCAGGAGCUGCAGUGAAAAGAACCUACCAGUAGGCGGACACUGUGUACAAAUACUGAACACGAGGCAGAAGAAAAUGAGAAACAAAAGAAAAUGUACAGAUGAUUCAGAUUAUUUUAAUUUUUUAAUUUUAUUGUUUUGUAUUAUUUUUUACGUUUCUCAUUUCUACAAUCGGAUGCUGGUGUUGAGACCAAUAUAUGAAAAUGUUAUGCUUAUUUAUCAUUUUUCUUUGUCUGGGAGGAAAAAUCAUGUGUUGAAGUUAUUUUGUUUAAAAGAGAUAUGUGUAUAAAGAAUCCAAAAUGAACCAGGUCUGAUAGGAGCACUGGUAUUUCACCCAUGUUUGGGCGAGUAUCUGAGGGUAUGGAACUGAUCCAACUCUGUUGCAUUUCAGCUACGGUUCAGCCAGUGCCUUUGGUACAUCUUUUUUAGCAGCAUUUGUUGAUUUUGGAGUUUUUUUUAGUUCAGGAACAAAUCAGACAAACAAAGUUAAGAAAAAAAGGAUUGAUCAUAUCUGCAAAACAUGAUCUGGUUUAUUCAUUGCGCUUUAAUGUUGAGAGCCCACAUAUUGUACAUAAGUUUUAAUAUAUUUUAUUGCCCUUUUUUAAACAAAACUAGUAAAGGACAAAAAAAGAAGCUGCAGUAUCCCUUUUUCCUUUGAUUGUGUGCUGUAAAUACAAUCGUCUGACUGUUUUGUGGAAGUGAAAACCUGUGCUAAUUCCGUCUUGUUUGAUUAGUUCAUUCAUCAUUAGUUGAUGCAGCUUAUCUUUAAAGCCAGCAGUUUAUUAAUCCAGUGAACAUACAAUCAGACAUAUACAGAACAUGUCCAAAUAACACACACUCCAUACACACUUUAAAAACUUUUGUUGUCUACUUUUCUCCCAGUAUAGUCAUUGCCCAUUUUAACUACCAGCGAAGUCUAGCACACUGUAUGAUCUGUACAAACAUGGGAGCGUGACGGCUAGCAUGUGCUUCCUCUGAGACAUGUAAAAUCAGCCACUGUAUCUGUUCAAACUGUGACUUAUGCAGGUUGUAACUGUCCCAUGUAUAAACAUGAGCUCACACAUGCCCGGUUUGGAUAGUGCAAAAAUGCCACCCUAUUCACCCAGAAUUUACUCCAAAUGAAGGUGGGUGCUAACUGCCCUCUGUAUACAUAGGCGCUCGCACGAUUGAUUAAUGUCACUCUGAUUAAUAGCAUCUUUACAAGCUGCAGCUUGCAACAUCAAUAGGUAGAUCAAUUGCUUGGAGAAGAGUGCCUCCAGAUUGUCCGGCUUCACAUGAUUUAUAGGGAAGACAGGAGUGCUCUUCUUCCCCUCUAGCCCCUCUAGCUGCUGGUCAUGAACAGUUUGUUAAGAAGGUGAGAGCUCUUGAGCUCAGAAAGGCUUGGUCUUUCUUUUUUUAUCUCUAUUUAGCAGGUCACAUCUAUUUGGUUGGAUGUCUGCAUUUCAUUUAUUGGUUCAUUCAUCUUUGUAUUUGCAUUAUGAUGGUCAGGGUCAAAGUGGGUCCAGGGAGUAUCUGAGGAGUACUGGACACAUGGAUACAGGGUUACACCUUGGACAGGGCACUGGUUUAUUGCAGGGAUGUCUGCACAUCACAUUAAAUAAAUAAAAAAUAAGAAAAAGAGAAAUAAACUGAUACUCAUUCAUCUUACACUGUUCUCUCAUCUUAAUGCACUUUGUUGCCAUUGGUCUUGAAUGGGAGGUGCUUACAGAAUGGUGCUAUAUACUUUACAUUUGGUGAAACAUUGUAGCACAUCUCCCAUUCCCAUUAAACUGCACUCAUUUACAUACAUCACUCAGAUGCUACAAAUGGCCAAAUUAUCAGAAUUAUCACUAUACCACAGGACUGCUGUCCCACACCGAGGGGGCCUGUAAUUCACACUGUCACCAUACAAACAACGUACCAUGAAACUGAAUCAGCUCUGCAUUUUAACACACUCAUUAUCUUUAUAUAUCUUUAUAAAGCAGUGGUGCAGUGGGUAGUGUUGUCGCCUCACAGUAAGAAGGUCCUGGGUUCGAUUCCCAGGUGGAGCAGUCCGGGUCCUUUCUCUGUGGAGUUUGCAUGUUCUCCAAGUGUCUGUGUGGGAGCUCCAGUUUCCAACCACAGUCCAAAGACAUGCAGGUUAAGUGAAUUGGAUAUUUGUAACUACCUACCUGUCCUGUUAUGAAUGUAACCAAAGCAUUAAACAUGAUGUUAAAAUCCUAAUAAAUAAAACAAAACAAACAAAAAACUAUAUAGCAAUUGACUUUAAGAAGUGAACAGAUUAUGAAGAUCUGACUGCUGACACAAAAACAGACAACACCCCCAUGUUGGGUCAUCAAGAGAAAUUAAAGCUCAGCAAGGACCUUAAACACUAGAGCUUUAUAUCACAUGUAAUACAUAUUAAACAGGGCUUCACAUCACACACACACACACUUACAUACACACAGUUGUACUAAUACACACUAAUAUUCACACAAAUAUACAUUUACACUCCCAAACUCAUGUUUUAAAAGUUUCUUGGUAUGUUUCGUGCUGUGCUGUGAUGUGUUCUGUGGCAAUCACAUUCUCAAAUUAUCGCUCACCUCAUUUUCAUCAAUCAGAUUACAAUGCUACAUGUUUGUUAGCUGAAGCUAAAACCGGACCAGCUUUAUUUAGGUUUCAUGAAGAAAGCAUACUGUAGCAUCAAGAAAAAAAGAAACAAUGUUGCACUGAUAGAUAUAUUUAAAGAGGUUUAUGUGUUUAUAGCGUUCAUUUGUUUAAAAAAAAUAAAAAUUAAAAAAUCCGCUUUUAGUUUUUUUUUUUUUUUUUAAGAAACAAGACAGUGUUCAUUUUUAUGGUUAGGGAAAUGUUAAAAGAUUCUGAAAUAUAUGGUUAUAAACAUGUUCAUAAUUAAAAGGUAUUUAAAUUUCCUAUAGUAAAGUUCCCAUUUAUCUAAUUACCAGUUUUUUGUUUGUUUUGUUUUUUACCGUAGUUCAAAUUUGUGACGAUUUUUUUUACUAGAUGUAGAGGGACGAAGAACUUUUAUUUUCAAUACUGAUUCUGUAAUUGCUGUUCUAGGAAGAAAAAAAACAGAAUAAAACAGCAAGGCCUUAAAAUUGUCAAUCAGUGUUUUGUAUUUCAGCAUCUUCAUCAUGGAAAUAAAACCACUAACGUCUACUGUUUCUGAUCAGCUUAGAUCAGCCAACAUUCCAAAGAUUCAGAUUCAAUAAAUGUUUUCCUAAGA